AUGAAGGCGCUACGUGCCGCCGUCUCAGGCUCGCGCGUGCGAUUCAUGCAGGAUGGAUUCGACCUUGACCUGACAUAUAUCACACCAAAGCUCAUUGCAAUGGGAUAUCCGGCCUCGGGCGUUGAAAAGACGUACAGGAACGAUAUUAAUGAGGUUGCGAACUUCCUAAACUCGCGUCAUCCUUACAGCUAUCGCGUAUAUAAUUUAAGCGAGCGUUCGUAUGACUAUACUAAAUUUGAAGGACGUGUGAAUGAGUGCGGCUUUCCGGACCAUCAUCCACCACCUUUACAGCUCUUGUUGGAUAUUAUCAACGACAUGAUAGAGUGGGUUGCUAAGAGCUCCAAGCACGUUCUUGUGGUACAUUGUUUGGCUGGGAAAGGCCGCACAGGCGUCGUCUGCUCAUGUUUUCUCCUUCUCAUGGGCUACUAUGGUAGCGUCUUCAAAUUGCGCAAGGAGCAUGAGCUUAGAGAACUGGCAAACUCGAGCAUUCGCGACUUUUGGAGUGCUCGAGGCCAAGGAGUGCGAUUUCCAAGUCAAGCAUUAUAUAUAUAUUACUUUCUUAAAGUUUUGCGCAGAAUGGGGCGCGUGCCCACGCAAAUUCCACCGCUUCGACCGGCCAAGAAGAUGCUGCUACGAACCAUCGUGCUCAAUGGCGUGCCUGAUUUUGAAGCCCCUCCGCAUGGUGGAUGCACACCAUUUUUACAGGUACUACCGGCGCCAUCGCAGCAUCAUCAACCUCAAUUGCUCUACAAUAGCUCAUGGCAAAAUCCAAAGUUUGAAACUUAUCUGGCUGACCCCUUUGGAUCCAUUAUGUUUGAGAUCAAUGUGGAAGUUCAGGGUGACGUUUUGGUAAGGUGCUUUCAUGCUAACACGACUAACAUUCUUGGCAAGCGCAUGAUUAAAAUGUUCCACUUUACUUUCAACACAGACUUUUUUCACAACUAUAGUAACUUAUAUCGCUUGCCAAAGGUGGAAGUGGAUGAAGCCACAGGAAACUCACGUUAUCCAGAUAAUUUCCAGAUUCUUUGUCACGUGGAGAUUCUCGAUGCAGAUGGGAAUCCAUACCCUUCAGUUUCUAAGUCACGGAGUAAUAGUUCAGUUCGAGACGAUGGAGUGGAGCAGCAACGACCGCAACUACCUCCACAACGCCGCAUGACAGCUCCAACUCACCAAUCUUAUCAUGAAUUUCAGAUGCGACGUCAACCGUCUGGAAGGCCAGAAGAGACUCCACCGACGAUGCAAGGGUGGCUGUUUAAACAGGGCGGAUUUGUCAAAAACUGGAAAAAGCGGUGGUUUGUGGCCUGUGAGGGGAAAAUGAUGUACUAUCACGGAAUGUCGGACGCAAAACCUCUUGGUAUAGUUAAUUUGCGGCGAGUAACAGUCGAAGUAUGUGAAGCUUAUGAAGUGAAUGCGCGAAACCAAGAGUUGCACUAUUUUAAAGUCAUGCCACCCAGUGCUGGUCAACGCACAUACAUUUUCGGAGCCGAGUCGGAACGAGACUUGGUUACUUGGGUGCGCGUUUUAGGUGCCCAGUCAACAUAUUCGUAUCAGCAGGAGCAUCAACCUCAUGAUUUUGGUCUGAAUAGGCAACGGUACAACAGCAGAAGCUAUCACUUUGGCGAUCCAAGAUUAGCGCCGUCGCCAAUGUCAAUGUCAAUGCCAACAAAUGGUUAUAGUCCAUCACAUGACGAACGUCCAUCGGCACAGUCGAGUGCUACGCGGCAAGCGUAUCAAAUGUCAUCUAGUGAUGCUCGUAACGCAGCAGAUGUCAUGCGAGGACGACGUGAUACGAUGCCAAGUGAUCUAUCAGAGGCUGUCCAACGAGCUCUUGCGAUACGCUCUCUUUCUUACACUGACAAUGACGAGCGUGGAAGCAAUCUAUUUCCAUCAGCAGCUUCUGCCAUGCAAAAUUGUGUGCCAGCUGAGCCUGUGGCUGACUUGACGAAUACACUUUCAGCGUUAGAACAAGCGUCGCUCUUGCAAGAAGUUAAUGGAUUUGCGACCGGAAUUUAUAUCUACUCAGCCGAUGAAUUACAAGAGGCUGCACUAUUGCAAAAGUAUAUGCGUGAGACACGCGGAGAUCCAGAUUCGAUACCUUCAGUCGCAAACGGAACCAAAACAUCUCCUCCGGGCUCUCUUUGUCAACAGCUUCAGCAAUAUGUGGAGCAAAACCGCAUGAACGAUGCUGAGCAAUUGCUCACGGAACUUGUGUUGCUAAAGUUUCCGAGACUAGUUGAUGCGAUGGAUCACGAUCCAUUAGCAUUUACUAAGCUGAUUGCUGGAGAAGAUAUUUGCGUGGCGACCAGCCGAGUAGAAGAUCAGGAUUACGAGUCUGACUCUGAAAUGAGGCUCGACUCAAAAGGUCAUCGACGAGCUCUUUUUUUUUAG